CUUCUCUUUGCAGAGCCUUCCGCAGGCCGGACCCCGGCCAGAGGCUCCUCUCAGGCAGCGGGCGUUUCUGAGUAAAGAUUAAGAAAUUUCAAUCUCCAUUUCGUUUAAAAGUGCUGAUGGUCUCCGGCCUUCCGUAGAUGAAGCUGCUACAGUGUUGACAUCUAAAGCCAAGUGUGAAAAACAGUAUCCAUACAGUUUGCACCCCAAGAUCCUGAACCUCUCUCUGUCUUCUCAGACACUGACUGAAGAGACCAAGAUGAAUGCUGAGCUAAAGAGGAAAUUUGGUGUGGUAGUGGUUGGUGUUGGCAGAGCUGGCUCUGUGAGGAUAAGGGACUUGAAGGAUCCACGCUCUUCAGCAUUCCUAAACCUGAUUGGAUUUGUGUCCAGACGAGAACUUGGGAGCCUUGAUGAGGUAGGGCAGAUUUCUUUGGAAGAUGCUCUCUGCAGCCAAGAGAUUGACGUUGCCUAUAUUUGCAGUGAGAGUUCCAGCCACGAAGACUAUAUAAGGCAGUUUCUUCAGGCUGGCAAGCAUGUCCUUGUGGAAUACCCCAUGGCAUUGUCAUUUGCCGCAGCCCAGGAGCUGUGGGAGCUGGCUACACAGAAAGGGAGAGUCCUGCAUGAGGAGCACAUCGAACUCUUGAUGGAAGAAUUCGAAUUUCUGAGAAGAGAAGUGGCGGGGAAAGAGCUGUUGAAAGGGUCUCUUCACUUCACAGCUAGCCCUCUGGAAGAAGAGAGAUUUGGCUUCCCUGCAUUCAGUGGCAUUUCUCGCCUGACCUGGCUGGUCUCCCUCUUUGGGGAGCUUUCUCUUAUUUCUGCCACCAUGGAAGACCGAAAAGAAGAUAAGUAUAUGAAGAUGACUGUGCAGCUGGAGACGCAGAACAGAGGUCUGUUGUCAUGGAUUGAAGAGAAAGGGCCCGGCUUAAAAAGAAACAGAUAUUUAAGCUUCCAAUUUGAAUCUGGGUCCUUGGAGGAAGUACCAAAUGUAGGAGUCAAUAAGAACAUUUUCCUGAAAGAUCAGGAUAUAUUUGUUCAGAAGCUCUUGGGCCAGGUCUCUGCAGAGGACCUGGCUGCUGAGAAGAAGCGUAUCAUGCACUGCCUGAGGCUGGCCAGCGACAUCCAGAAGCUUUGUCACCAGAAGUGAGGAGGGAGCUUCAGAUACCUCUGGAACAGGGCCAGGGUUUGGUCCUCUCAACAGUUCGCCUAUUGCUCUUACAAUUAAAUACAUUGGCUAAACAGAAUGAAA